UCAAGACACUGUCGCUUUCUUCCCGCCCUCACAGACGUACUUCGUCAAUUCGGUGGCCGACCCUCCGUUGACCAGCGGCAUUUGUUGGUCUCCCUCCACAUAAUGAUCACCGGAGUCGGCCACUGACCACCACAUGCAGGUCUCAAUCGAAAUGUCCACCACAAGAACAAAGGCUAUCAUGACAAUCGCCAGCAGCCGGAUCUCCUUGAAGUGUGUCGUGACUGCCACGGCCGCCAGGAUGCUCACACCGACCACACCAGGCAGCCAACGUAUCGGGGCCUCGGACCACAGCUUGUCUCGCAAUUCCUGCGCACAGACACGUACGCACACACAAGAAACCAAACAGGUCGUUGCGUGGGCGUGGCUGCACAAAGACGCACUUACUCGAAGUCUCCGCCUCUGCCGAGUGCGACAACGACGCGCCGCCCGUGCGAAUGCAUCGUCAUUGUGCAGGUUGUCCAGCAAGAGGCCCAGCUCGGAUGGUGUGAGCAUGAAGAUCCGCAGAUGAGUGCCGAUGCGCUGCCGCAUGGCGGGCGUGCGGGUUUUCUGCCACACACGCCACCGAUCUCUCGGACGGAUGCGCUGAAACCAAUUCGGUCUCGGUGAAGGAGUGGCCAU